ACGGGAGCCUUACUGAUGACACCCAUGAGCUCAGAUCUCACCGUGCGCCGCCAUCCAGGACACCUCGUCAGCAAAGCUUCCAGAGCCGGAAGACCAUCAGGUAUAAUGCAAUCGGAGGGUCCAGACGUUGAGGCUUCUGCAGCACCUCUUGAUGAACCGGUCCCCGUGUUUCACGAGCUGUUCAACUCGCCCAAUGCAGACACUGUGCUGGGCUCCAAGGACAGAGUUCUUUUCCGCGUGCACUCAUACACGCUCAAGACGACUUCGGGAUGGUUCAAAGACAUGUUCUCCCUUCCUCAGAAGGAUCGUGCGAGCGACCACCGCGUCGACAUCUUCCUCGAUGAAGAUGCAUCCACACUCGAGGCACUCCUGCGCUGCGUUUGCGGGCUCGCCAUCCCCUGCCUCGAGUCCUACGACGUUAUUGAACCACUGCUCUUUGCUGCCGAAAAAUAUGACAUGCCUGGCCCGCUGUCGAUCGUGCGCGCGCUCGCAUCGACGCCCCCAUUACUCGCGGACUCGCUCCACCUGUUUGUGCUCGCAUGUCGCUACGGCUGGGACGAUGUCGCGCAGCUUGCAGCCUCGCAGACGCUCACCCUUAACUUAAACGACGAGAAAUACCGCCCAGUCCUCGCGAAGCUGAUGUCGAUUCCGCUGCUCAACCUCCUUGCGCUUCAUCGCGGUCGUCGCGACACGUUGCGUGAGCGGCUGAACGAGGCGCCGUUUGUCAGCGACAGCGUCGAGUCGACGUGCUCGCACUGCGGGUCAAAAGUCGACUACCACACCUGGCGCGAGCUGAAACACCGAAUCGUGACAGAGAUGGAUGUCCGUGCACUUGGGGACACCGUGCUUGAUCCUGGUAUCUCAGACUGGCCUGAGGCGCAGAGAUGCUGGGCUGCACAGUGCAGCAAUUGCGGACGGGUGUUGUAUGAUAAGAAGGAGACGCUUCGUGCUAUUCGGUCGCGCAUCGAGGAACUGCCGACGACGCUAAGCCUAAGGUACACUCAAGAGCAUCCUACGUUUUGCGCAAUUGGCGGCUGAACACUGUCUAUCUAGAAUCUCGUCAACUGGAUCUGAUAGACCCACCACAGGUCGUAUGAAUACGGAUAAUUGAGCAGCAGCGGCCUGUUACGCGCCCUUUCGUGUAAUACUAGACACAUGCUUGCAUCGUGAUAUCCCGGAACAUCUCAGGGCAAUGUUCUCAGUACGCUGAUCUAUGCCAUUUUGUAUCUACUAAUCUGUAUAUAUACAUGCCUACAGUCUUGCUCGUCUCUCUGUAUACUGACCGAUUUGGGCGACACCGCCGCUAUCGAUGGGUCCGUUCACAAAGCGUAUGAGGACCCACGUCAACUGCAAAUCCUGUGAGUGGCAAGUGCAUCAGGAAGAUGAGAGUAAUACGAGAUA